UUUUUACUAAAAGGACUACAGUACGUAUGUUUGUUUAGGAAGUGCAUAAAUUAUAGCUGAGCACGGACUCUUAUUUUGACAAUGGCGAGGCGGCUUUUCCUUCAGACCCACACAGCGCUCGUUCGUCAGAGAAGACGCUCUUGUGAUGUCACUGAGUCCCGGGGGCGAGACCGGUCUGCCGCUAUAUAAUGUACUCUGCUCGGUGCAAGAAGGCAGCACACUGAUCCAUCCAGAAAACAAGCUAAGGAAAACAAACACCGCGCUAAAUAAUCAUGGUGAAGAUCACUUUCCAGCCGGUUUCGGCGCAGAAGGCUGACAAAGACAACGAUGAAGACAAGAUCAUUAUACCUCAGGCUCACGUGAGUUUGCACACUUUGUUUUUAAUUAUGUGCUGUGGUAUUAUUGUCUUUGUCUCUCAAUCUGUACUUAUUGUGCUCAGUUUAUCAUCUUUUUGGUUGUUUGUUCAUUUAUUUGUGUAAACUGAUUAUCUUUGAUUCGAUCUUUAAACUCCAUGGUUUAGAUGAUCACAAAUGUUCAGCACAUUGUAACCUUUUGCAUUAUAUUCGAAGCAGCUUAAAAUCCCACUGUCCUCCGCUGGUAUUCUUAUUGUAGGAAACUAUUUCUUACUUGAAUAAAGGGUAUUGGGCUUUAUUGUUACAACAAAGAGAUGACCUAUCAUUACAGGUCAUCCCAUCCUGGAGAUGUUGACAUUACGUCACCUUAUUUGGCCACUGCAUGGUCACACUGCAGCCAUAGGUUACAUUAUAAAAUUUUACAUUAUUACUCCAAACACAUGUUAAAGUUUUGCACUUAUCAAAGCAAAUCCAUUGCAGUGCACACAGCAGACUCGCGAAUUCCCUCUGCUGUCGGUAACACGAGAAAACAAUAGAGAUCUGUCAGAUGCAGUCGCUGCACCAACCAGUGACGUCACGAGUUGUAAUGCGCCGUGAAUCCUGCAGGUAGCGCCGCAGACAACAGUGAGCCAGUGGGUGAAAGUGAGAAGACAGCUGGCUUAAUGGUAGAUUGAGUUGCCUAUGCAGAUCUUGUAGAUGGUGCGGAGGCAGGGUAAUUUGCACAGCCUUUCAGUUGGUGUUUAUAGGAAGUUAUUUUUUUGAAGAUAGCAUCAAAUUUAGUGCAGUUUUUUUGUAUCCAAUAAAUAGAGUCUAAAUGAGCAAUUUUGCAGUUUUAAAUUCAUUUGAACAGCCAAGGAUUUCAAGAAAAAAGAUCCUACAUUCUCUGUUACAAAUAAACAUCACUGGACCAAUUCUGAAAUUUAAGGCUGAUCCAGUGCCCUCAUUUGUGAUUUAAAAAAUUUGAAAACACGAAACUUUGCUUUAAAAUGUGCCCUUGGUUAUUCUGCAUAUGGUUAAUCAAGAUAUUUCUCAUUGAAAACUGACCAUCUUUUAAUAGCCCCUUUUUUCUGAGCUGCCUCCCAGGUGUUCAAACAUAAUUAGACACCUGGCGAAAUAUGGAUGUAUCCUCAUCUAAUCCCCAUCUCUGUUCUUAAACAUACUGUACACUAUGAUGAUCGCUUGAUGACGUAGCCAUCUCUUCAGCAGACCGAUUUUUCCACCUCUUUGUCUCGUCAAGAGACAUGAUCUCAAAAGCUGUUUGGAUUAGAAAUUGGCUGGGACAGUUGGCCUGGCGUCAGAGCCGAUGUGUGUGGAUCUAUUAAUAUGUCAGCCUCUGCUGAGGGACUCCAGGCUCCACGUAAUUGCUCUCAUUUUGACUCCCACUGAGGGUGCCAGCUAACUACAAAUAUGGAGCGUGGAAGUAGGCCUCCAAGAAUAGACUCAGACGGCCACGUGCCAGCAUCUUCGUCAGAGCCUGGCACAAUCUGUUCUCCCCACUUCCGCUUUCCAUGGCAACAGUAGUAUGGAGAGGCAAGCAGAUUGACUAAGAGAAUGUGGGUGGGCGUCUGGCAUGUCUUACUCCUGUACGUCCUUCAUCCACCAGAUUCCCUCAGCUGACGAACAACUUGGCAACUUGUCAGAAUCUACUUCAUUUGGACUUCUGAAUUUUAGUGACACGAGAAGAUGUAUCCUCUGACUUUUCAUCCAAUAGCUGGAAACGAUAAAACGCGAACCACCCAUAAAUCCUGUUACCAAUAUUUCUUCCUGAUCACACAAUAGAAGAUGUGUUUCUCUAAAUCAAAGCUUUAUAAUUGAAACCUGAAGCACAGUGCCUUGUAGUACCAUGCUAUCAGGGACAUGCUUGUAAGUCAUAUUAUUGACUUGUUUCUAGACUUUUCUAUUAACGAAACUGCUCUUCUCUUCACAGGAGCAGCUGGUUCUUCCUGUUACAUCCAAGAAGCCUUUUCCAACCGGCCUUUGCUGCCUCACUUUCGGCCUGGUGGUCUUCAUGUCAGGGCUGGUUCUGGCCUCCAUCUAUGUCUAUCGCUACUACUUUAUACCUCAGGUUCGUUCGCUCAAACUUGCAUAUCAUAAAUUUUUAAUAUUUCAGACAAAAAGAUACAACCUCAGGUCCACAUAACACGCUAACCCAGCUCAAUUGCGUCUUAUUAGCAGAUACCAGAAGACAGCUUGUUCCACUGCCGGGUCAUCUAUGAGGACUCCAUUUAUGCUCCCCUGAGGGGCCGCCAUGAACUGGAGGAGAACGUUGGCAUCUACCUUGACGACAACUACGAGCAGAUCAGUGUACCUGUACCCCACUUUGGAGGAAGUGACCCUGCAGAUAUCAUCCACGACUUUCAGAGGGUAGGUUAAGUCUCACUUAUGUGGCUUAAAUUGAAUUUUUCUUGCCAAAUGUUUCUUAGAUUUUAACGCUUUUAAAAUUUGAUUCCAGGGCCUCACUGCUUACUACGACAUUGCUUUGGACAAAUGCUACAUCACCGAGCUGAACACCACCCUGGUGAUGCCUCCACGGAACCUGUGGGAGCUGCUCGUCAAUGUCAAGGUGAGGCACUGAUACAUCUGCUGCCGUGAGAGCGUUGUCGGUGACGAAUAGCUGUUUGAGAAAGUCACAGAGCAUCUGAAUGAUUCAUUUGUGUCUCUUUGUCGCAGAGAGGAACGUACCUCCCUCAGACUUACAUCAUCCAGGAGGAGAUGGUGGUGACAGGGAGGGUGAGGAGCAUGAGGCAGCUGGGACCCUUCAUCCACAGGCUCUGCUACGGCAAAGAAACCUAUCGCCUCAGACGCCGCAGCCAGCGCAAACGUAAGUACUCACAUCUACUUAUUCUCCAAUCUUAAUAUUAUAUCAGAUGAGCGUUAGGUCACUUUCGCCCCUUUUUCACCUGCUUUCUUGCCAAUAAUGAGAUAUUGGGUCAUGUAACAUUUUCAAGUCACCGUGAUCUCCCUCUAAAAUCAAGCAGGACAAUAAUCUGAGUCACAGGGAAUCUGCCGUGUGUAGGAGCGAUCACAGUGUGUGACUAGGCAAAAACCAAAAACAACAAGCACCAAAUAGGGGCUUCCUUGUGAAAGUCUUGGACAGUGUGUCCGCAGUGUGAAAUCCUCCUCUCACAGCCUCAUUACAGUAUGAGUGUGUUUUUCCGUGGGCGAGUCAGGGAACUUCCUGCUCUGUGAGUCACUCCUAGUGCAGGGGAUACAUCCGCACAUCACGGAGGAGGUAGUGAUGCACAUGAGUGAUAUCUCUGUGAUUGCCGCCUGUGAUUGGAGUGAAGGCUUGAGAUAUGACGCAACAGCGAUUACAUAUAUGGAAGUGGCAUGUAGUCGUCAUGGUAGCGGCAAAGGAAUUAUUAUCAUCGCUGCAGAUCUCCUCUUGAGGUCUGAACAGAUUGACUAAAGGUGUCCUCUUUUCUCUUCCAGGUAUUGAGAGGCGGGAGACUAAGCAGUGUCACAGCAUCCGUCACUUCGAGAACACGUUUGUGGUUGAGACAGUCAUCUGCGACAGAGUCUGAGGCGGAAAUCACAGCCAUCCAACACUGAAGCCAACUCCAAACCAUACCUCUUGAAUUCUUUAGGCUUUCAAAUGCACUUUAAGAGCAGGUUUUGUCCAACAGUUUAAGUUGCUGUCUUUUGUUCGUUUGUUUUUGCGUCUCAAGUUGGAAAUGCUCUUCAAUUGUUUGUGUAAAAUGUUCAUGUCUUUUUUUAAUUACGAUAGUCUUUUUACUUGAAUAAUGUCUUAAAUGUUUGAAUAUAUCUGUAGCUUGUCAAGUGCACACCAGACGUUAUCGCUCAAUUUGGGACUUUUCCAUCACAUGCCUUUUGAUUUUGUUAAAUUCAAAGCUUUUCAUUUAGACUUGUUUUGGGUUUAAUUUUAUAAGCUAGUGCUCUGUGGCUGAAGCUGCUCGCACUGUCCGCUCAUGUCACUUUAGUUUCUUUGUUGGUAUUUUGUUUUUCGAAUGUCAGAAAAUGGCGAAGCAUACCUCAUGUAGUUUAGAUGUUUCUUUGCUGGUUUUUAUCAUCAAUGAACGGUGUACAUAACUUUGAUUGUUCCUAAGCAAUAUCUACUGUAAACUGAUUUUCAACAUACUACUACAUGCAUAGAUUUUUAUCUAAAAUCGACUUGUUUUGUGUUUGUUUAUUUCUUACGGUUUGUCUCUUUAGUUUAUUGCGUGUCACAUUUGCCUCCUCGUUGGAUGUAACGGCUUUAGACUGUAAUUAGUAGCAGUGCUUUAAGGAACUGAGGGAACCAAAGUCGGUGUUCAGAAAUGCUGUGCUUACUGUGAAGGAUAUAUGAACAACUUAGAAAGAAUGCUUUUUACUGUAGAUGAAAUCAAAGGCUGACUUUACUUCCUCUUGCUCAUCUUCCUCUUGAGUUGGAUUUGCCUGUCUUUGUCUUUAGCUCUUGCCUUCCCUUGACCCUUUCUAUCUUGGCAUUAUAUUCUCUUUAUCAAUGUUGAUCAUCCCAACUCAAAAAAAAAAAAAGGCCUGGGUGCCAUUCCUGUGACAAACUGGGUGCAAAUAAGUCUCUGUUCAGAGAGACCUGUGGUCUGUGCUCAUUCUCAUUGUCCUGGAACUCUUACUCUGAUGUACAGUCGAUUUUUCUUGUAAUAUCUUGCUGCUUUAAAAAUAAAUGAGAAAAACAAUUUUUUCUUCUAAGCAUUUAUCAGAAUCAGUUUCAGUUAAGUAUACACAUCAUAAUCACACAUAAUACAGAUCAGAUAAACUGAAGCAUUGUUCUCGUAUAAAAACACCCACACAGGCAGCCAGUGAUCACAGAAAGAGGAACCAAACCUUUAUAUUUCCAAAGUGAACAUCCUAAAAAACAUUAUUUAACCUCUUUAAACAAACUGCCUUUACUUUAUAUGCUGCCUUUUAUCAGUGGUCUAGAUCAAGAUUCUGCGCCUCAGCAUGAUGAAAAUGACUCACACAUCUGCUGUGGUUGCAGAUUUUAGACUCUCAGUGGAAGAGAGAGAUUUGGUUUCAAAAGUGAUGCCCUGCAAACUUAAAGUGCUUGUAAGCGUCGACACACAUGUGUGCAAACUUUUGCAAGGACUUUCAAUUACAAGACAUGUAAUUUCAUGUCAAGAUCUUGUGUUUUCAUCCAGGCUCACGAGACAAAAUGUGCCACCCACCUUAUGACCAAAUUGAUUUAAAAAAAAAAAGAUUUCACAUUUUAAAAAAAGUUUAAGACAGAAAGUAACACUAAGGAAUUAAUGUGAAAGUCCACAAAAAUAAGGAUGAGUGCAAAAUUCAAGUAUCUACAGUAUCAGGUAAUGCAUGUAAACCUAAAAACUAUAAAACUCUCCUGUCUUCAGUUACCAAAGAGAGCUGACACUUUUUUUUUUUUAAUUCAAACAGCAUCAACAUGCAGUGUCUUAAAAAAAACACCUCCCCGCAAUACAAGCAUUCAGCAUCAGCAAUACAAGACGGAGCAGCUUAAUGUUCUGCAUGCACAGCUGUCUAUUCAGCCACAGAGAUGAAAGCAUUUACAUCUUUUUCAUAUUUUAAACAAAUAAAAUUUAACAGACAUGGACCAGCAGUCAUGCUAAUAAUGCAAAGUGAAAAUUCAGAACAUGUGAGUUCACAGAUUUGUCAUCAUUUCAGCCAAAGUUUUGUUUUAGUGUUGAAAGCUUUGGAUACGGUUGAUGUUUUUAUUUCUGAUGGUGGGGUAUUAUGGGGUAUAACACUAUUGCAUGUUUGGAGCCUCAUCUUAAAAAUGAAAAAUAAAAAAUAAACAAAAAUGUAAAAGAUAUAGUUAUUUAAUUAUAUUUACAUUGGUUACAUAAUUGUACAUUACACACAUUUAUACUGGUGUUCUGAGGAAGUACAAAUAAUUAAGAACUAAUGCAAACAAUUUACAUUCUUAAAACAUCCCUCUGACCUUUCCACAUAUUUGGCACCUUAUUUGAGACCUUUUCAAAAGUCUCAAUGUAAUGAAGUGCAAAACUGAGAAACUAUUAAACUGAAAUAUGGUAAACAAAUGAUGUGAACACUGUUUAAAGCUUCUAAUAACAUGUUUUUCUUAAUUCUAAGAAACUAUUAAGACCAAUAUAUACAGUACUUCUAUUAAGUUAAUGUGUCUGUGAGAUUAAUGGUACAUAUGAUGGGAAAUUUUAUACAAGUAUAAAAAUAAAUGUGCUAAUUAAUGUGUAUUAUUUCAC